GUGUGACCGCGGGAGGGAGGCAGGGAGAAGGCGACGAGAACGGGAGGGACAGAGGGCGGCAGGGAGGCGGCCGUCCCCGCGCCGCCGCUCGGCGCACGCACGCACACACACGCCGAGAAGGAAGGAUGCCCUUUGCCUGUGCAGGCGAGGCCGGACAAGCAUCUCCUCGCCGCUGGGAGUGAAGCCGCCGCCGGGGCCUCCCGGCCCGCAGCCAGAGCGGGGCCGCCGCGUUCCCUCCGCGGAGGAGCAGCAGGAGGAGCGGGGCGAGCGGCCAUGGGGCGGCUCUGACAGGGCUCCGGGCGUUAUCCAGCCGCCCUUCGGCGCAGCAGAGGAGGAGAGGGCGGCGAUGAAGACUUUAGUUUUUUCCAAUCCCUGAAAGGCCUUAAAAGGAGACUCGCGAAAUCCGAUGCGGCCGGAAUGGGGCUUUUACACUUUAAUGAUGCAGUGGGAUUCGUUUCAGGGUUGUGUUGCAUGAUCUGAAUUUUGAAUGAAGGAGAAGGACGUUUUUAAAGAUAUAAAAGCUUGCAUCCAUCUACGUGCAGUAAAAUCGGUGUCAGGCAGUCCUGGUGGAAUUUCAGAGUGAUUAUUGUCACUGAAGUGUCAAAAGAAGCGAUCUAUUUUUCCUUAUUAAGCAUAUUAGAAGAUUUUUUUCUUUAUUUUCUUAAAUUAAAAAAUUCUAUAUACGCCUAUAUAUGUACAUAUAUAUAUACACGCACUCACACACGUAGUGUUUAUCUGUGCGUGCCUGAAACUUCCCAGGGCUCAGCCCCAGGCUGGGAGCCGAGGUGGGCAGUAAAUAAGGCACCACCAGGGCUUGACACUUUGUAACGAGUACUGUCGGCUUCUUUUCAAACAAGACCUUGAAAAGCUGGUUUUUGGAUUAUUAUUAUUUUUUUUUUUCUGGACGAAGUAAUAAUAAUAAUUAAAAAGGAAACCCCAUUGCAAACUGAAACAACCAUGUCUGGAGAAGUGCGUCUGAAGCAGUUGGAGCAGUUUAUUUUGGAUGGGCCGACUCAGACUAAUGGGCAGUGCUUCAGCGUGGAAACCUUGCUGGAUAUACUCAUCUGCCUGUACGACGAAUGUAACAAUUCCCCUCUGAGAAGAGAGAAAAACAUCCUCGAGUAUCUAGAAUGGGCCAAACCAUUUACGUCUAAAGUGAAACAGAUGCGACUACAUAAAGAAGAUUUUGAAAUCCUGAAGGUGAUUGGUCGGGGAGCCUUUGGUGAGGUUGCAGUGGUAAAACUGAAGAAUGCAGAUAAGGUUUUUGCCAUGAAGAUACUUAAUAAGUGGGAGAUGCUGAAGAGAGCUGAAACAGCAUGUUUUCGAGAAGAGAGAGAUGUGUUAGUGAAUGGAGAUAACCAGUGGAUCACAACAUUACAUUAUGCAUUCCAGGAUGAAAACUAUUUAUACCUGGUUAUGGAUUAUUAUGUUGGAGGAGACCUGCUUACAUUGCUCAGCAAGUUUGAGGACAGAUUACCUGAAGAUAUGGCUCGUUUUUAUUUGGCUGAAAUGGUGAUAGCCAUCGAUUCCGUGCAUCAGUUGCAUUAUGUCCACAGGGAUAUUAAACCAGACAACAUCUUGAUGGAUAUGAAUGGCCAUAUUCGAUUAGCAGAUUUUGGUUCUUGUCUGAAAUUGAUGGAAGAUGGAACGGUUCAAUCUUCAGUAGCUGUUGGGACCCCAGACUAUAUCUCUCCAGAAAUUUUGCAGGCCAUGGAAGAUGGAAAAGGAAAGUAUGGGCCUGAGUGUGACUGGUGGUCUCUAGGCGUUUGCAUGUAUGAAAUGCUUUAUGGAGAAACACCCUUCUAUGCUGAGUCCUUGGUGGAGACCUAUGGGAAAAUAAUGAACCACAAAGAGAGGUUCCAGUUUCCUGCUCAAGUGACAGAUGUCUCUGAAAGUGCAAAGGACCUCAUCCGAAGGCUAAUUUGUAGCAGAGAGCAUCGACUUGGGCAGAAUGGGAUAGAAGACUUUAAGAACCAUCCAUUUUUUGCUGGAAUAGACUGGGACAACAUUAGAAACUGUGAUGCACCUUACAUCCCAGAAGUCAGCAGCCCCACUGAUACAUCAAACUUUGAUGUUGAUGAUGAUUGCUUAAAAAACUCUGAGACGAUGCCUCCACCUUCACACACUGCGUUUUCUGGCCAUCAUUUACCAUUUGUAGGUUUCACAUAUACAAGUAGCUGUGUGCUUUCGGACCGCAGCUGUCUAAGACUGACAGCUGGACCACCAUCCAUGGAUCUUGAUGCCAACAUUCAAAGAACUUUGGAGGACAGUUUAGCAACAGAAGCUUAUGAGAGGAGAAUAAGACGUCUAGAGCAGGAAAAGCUUGAACUUAGUAGAAAACUGCAAGAGUCCACUCAGACAGUUCAGGCUCUUCAGUAUUCAACAGUGGAUGGCCCAAUUGCAGCAAGCAAAGAUUUAGAAAUUAAAAGCUUAAAAGAAGAAAUUGAAAAGUUGAAGAAACAGGUAACAGAUUCUGGGCAUCUAGAACAGCAACUUGAAGAGGCCAGCACUGCAAGGCGGGAGUUGGACGAUGCUUCCAGACAAAUAAAGGCUUUUGAGAAACAGGUUAGAACGCUGAAGCAAGAGAGGGAAGAUCUUAAUAAGGAACUGGCAGAGUCUAGUGACAGAUUAAAAUCUCAAGCCAAAGAGCUGAAAGAUGCACACAGCCAGCGGAAAUUGGCAAUGCAGGAGUUCUCAGAGAUGAACGAGCGGCUGACAGACUUGCACUCUCAAAAACAAAAGCUUGCCCGCCAGCUCCGAGAUAAGGAAGAAGAAAUGGAAGUGGUGAUGCAAAAAGUAGAAAGUUUAAGGCAAGAGUUACGCAGAACAGAGAGACUUAAAAAAGAACUGGAAGUCCAAGCUGAAGCUGCGGCUGCUGAGGCAUCCAAAGACAGGAAAUUGCGAGAGCGGAGUGAGCAGUACUCCAAGCAGUUGGAAAGCGAAGUAGAAGGGCUAAAGCAAAAACAGAUUGGUCGCUCACCCGGGGUAAGCAGUAUAGAACACCAGCAAGAGAUCACUAAAUUAAAGGCAGACCUGGAAAAGAAAAGUGUUUUCUAUGAAGAGGAACUAUCUAAACGUGAAAUAAUGCAUGCUAAUGAAAUAAAAAGUCUGAAGAAGGAGCUACGGGAUGCAGAGAGCCAGCAGCUUGCACUUAAGAAGGAGAUCAUGAUUUUGAAAGACAAGUUAGAGAAAACCAGAAGAGAAAACCAAAGUGAAAGAGAGGAAUUUGAAACAGAGUUCAAACAGAAAUAUGAACGGGAAAAGAUUCUGCUAACAGAGGAAAACAAGAAGCUUUCAAAUGAACUUGAUAAGCUUACCGCCAUGUUUGAGAGGCUGAGUAUGAAUAACAGGCAGCUGGAAGAAGAAAUGAGAGACCUGGCUGAUAAAAAGGAGUCUGUGGCCCACUGGGAGGCCCAAAUUACAGAGAUCAUCCAAUGGGUAAGCGAUGAAAAAGAUGCUCGAGGUUAUCUUCAAGCCCUGGCCUCUAAAAUGACAGAAGAACUGGAGGCCCUGAGGAACUCCAGCUUGGGUGCAAGAGCUACAGACAUGCCCUGGAAGAUGCGUCGUUUUGCGAAGCUCGAUAUGUCUGCAAGGUUGGAACUACAGUCAGCUCUUGAUGCUGAAAUCCGAGCCAAACAGGCUAUUCAAGAUGAGCUGAAUAAAGUCAAAGCAUCCUGUAUCUCUACGGAGUGUAAACUGCAAGAAUCUGAGAAGAAGAACUUGGAACUGUUGACAGAUAUUGAAAGGCUGAAGAAGGAGACAGAGGAACUUAGAUCAGAAAAGGGUGUAAAGCACCAAGACUCACAGAAUUCUUUCUUGGCAUUUUUGAAUGCGCCUACCUCUGCUCUGGAUCAAUUUGAAUGCUCUCCUUCCUGUAUUCCAGCUAACAAAGGCAGACGUAUUGAUUCAGUUGAGAACUUUACAUUAUCCAAUACGCCAUCACGGGAUGAAGAUACCAAGUCUCACCUCCAUUCAAGAUCAAGAUCUCCUUCUACAGCUAGUGAAAUUGAGCCAAUCGAGGUUACGGAUCAUCCUCCUCGAUCAAUUCACACACCAACCAUGCGGACAGCGUAUAUUGGAUCGGGACUCUCUGCACCAAAGCCUAAAGCCCACCAGUUUGUAGUGAAAUCAUUUAAUACCCCAACAAAAUGUAAUCAGUGCACAUCUCUGAUGGUUGGUUUAAUACGACAGGGCUGCACUUGUGAAGUGUGUGGAUUCUCCUGCCAUGUGACCUGUGCAGACAAGGCCCCUGCAGUAUGUCCAAUCCCACCUGAACAGACUAAGGGCCCUUUGGGAGUAGAUCCUCAGAAAGGCAUAGGAACAGCUUAUGAAGGACAUGUCCGAGUUCCAAAACCAGCUGGUGUAAAGAAAGGUUGGCAGAGAGCACUGGCAGUAAUCUGUGAUUUUAAACUCUUCCUGUAUGAUAUAGCAGAAGGAAAAGCAUCCCAACCAAGCGUGGUUGUGAGUCAGGUCAUAGACAUGAGGGAUGAAGAAUUCUCAGUGAGUUCUGUCUUGGCUUCGGAUGUCAUCCAUGCAAAUCGAAAAGAUAUCCCCUGUAUCUUUAGAGUCACAGCUUCCCAACUCUCUGCAACCAGUAAUAAGUGUUCAAUCCUGAUUCUAACAGACGGUGAGAAUGAAAAAAGCAAGUGGGUAGGAGUGCUGAAUGAAUUGCAUAGGAUCUUGAAGAAGAACAAACUCAAAGACCGCUCAGUCUAUGUUCCCAAAGAAGCUUAUGACAGCACCUUACCCCUCAUCAAAACAACACAGUCAGCAGCAAUCAUAGAUCAUGAAAGAAUAGCACUGGGGAAUGAAGAAGGGUUAUUUGUUGUGCAUGUCACCAAAGACGAGAUCAUCCGUGUUGGUGAUAAUAAGAAGGUUCAUCAGAUUGAGCUUAUCCCAAGCGAACAGCUCAUUGCAGUAAUCUCAGGACGAAACCGACAUGUGCGACUUUUCCCUAUGACAGCCCUGGAUGGAAGGGAGACUGAGUUUUAUAAGUUAGCAGAAACAAAAGGCUGCCAGUCGAUAGUUUCUGGACACGUGCGCCAUGGAGCCCUUACAUGCCUAUGUGUAGCUAUGAAAAGGCAGGUCCUCUGUUAUGAACUAAAUCAGAGUAAGACACGUCACAAAAAGAUCAAGGAGAUCCAAGUCCAGGGGAACGUCCAGUGGAUGUCGGUCUUCAGUGAGCGCCUUUGUGUGGGCUACCAGUCAGGGUUCUUAAAAAAUCCCCUUCAUGGAGAAGGCAGCCCAUACAGUCUGCUCCAUCCAGAUGACCACACACUAUCGUUUAUCUCACAGCAGCCAACUGAUGCCAUCUGUGCAGUCGAAAUCUCAAAUAAAGAAUACCUGCUGUGUUUUAGCAGCGUAGGGGUUUACGUUGACUGCCAGGGCCGAAGAUCGAGACAACAAGAAUUGAUGUGGCCUGCAACUCCAUCAUCUUGCUGUUACAAUGCACCAUACCUCUCUGUGUAUAGCGAAAAUGCAAUUGAUAUCUUUGACGUGAACUCCAUGGAGUGGAUUCAGACUAUUCCUCUCAAAAAGGUACGACCCUUGAAUACAGAAGGAUCACUCAACCUUUUAGGUUUGGAGACAGUUAGAUUAAUAUAUUUCAAAAACAAAAUGGCAGAGGGUGAUGAACUGGUGGUCCCUGAAACAUCAGAUAACAGCCGGAAGCAAAUGGUUCGAAACAUCAACAACAAGCGCCGCUAUUCAUUCAGAGUACCAGAAGAAGAGAGGAUGCAGCAGAGGAGGGAGAUGCUACGCGAUCCAGAAAUGAGAAAUAAAUUAAUUUCUAACCCAACUAAUUUUAACCACAUAGCACAUAUGGGUCCUGGAGAUGGUAUUCAGAUUCUCAAAGACCUUCCAAUGCAGCGUUCCCCUUAUCAAUUCCCUCAUCAUCACUCCCGUCUGAUCUCCUCUCCGAGCAACUUUGAACACAUCUACCACAUGACUGUUAAUUCAGCUGAAAAAUUCCUCUCUUACGAUUCCAUAAACACUGCAUUUUCCCCGCCUCCGCGCUCUGCCCUGGGUACUCCAAACUUUAUGACUCAGAGGAAUCUUCGGCCUCAGGAAAGUCGGACCGUAUUCAGUGGCUCUGUCAGUAUCCCAUCGAUCACGAAAUCCCGCACAGAACCAGGACGAUCGAUGAGCGCAAGCAGUGGGUUAGCAGCAAGAUCAUCUGCACAAAAUGGCAGUGCAUUGCGGAGGGAAUUCUCAGGAGGUAGCUAUGGAGCAAAGUGUCAGCCUAUGGCAUCGCCCUCAGAUGGUUCGUUAUCCUCUGGUGGCCUGGACCAAGGCAGUGAUGCACCAACAAGGGACUAUGAGCGAGAGGACUCUGACUCGCCGAGACACUCCACUGCGUCAAACAGCUCCAACCUCAGCAGCCCUCCCAGCCCUGUUUCUCCUCACAAGACCAAGAGCCUCUCCCUGGAGAGCUCUGACCACGUGAGUUGGGACUCAUGAACUGCUUCAGCAUUCAGAUUUGACACUACAGCAGCUUGCUGUCCCCAUCACUUGCUCCAGUUCACACCUUCACCAUCCUAACCCUCCUCAUUCCCCACCUGAAAGUCAACUGGGAGUCGGGUAGAGAGGAAGGUAGAAGCUGGUUGUCUGCAGCGCUGCCUCACCUUCCCUUCCCCAGAUUUGACAGCAGCAAAUGAGCAAAGCUGGGGUGUUGGUAAAUAUCAGAUGCUGUAGAUUUGCAUUAGUAUUGGGUUCAUCUUUUGCGAUUACAGCUGCUUUCAUUUUCAAAGACCUGUAUUUAUCCUACCCCACAAUUCCCUCAUAAGUAACUUAAAUAGACCAGACCAGUAUCGGCAAGAGAAAAUCUAGAGGGAUUUUGUUUUCAUACAAUAGCUCAUUGUACUGUACAGAAGCAGCACAGAGACCCCUUCCCCUGCAUGGGGAAUGAUUGGUAUGUAUGUCAGAGGCACAUAAAAGCUUUCAGCCACCACGUUUGAAUGUCAAUCUGAUUGUUGCCAGCAAAUCCUUAUUGAUUAAGAUGAUGCAUAUUUUACUACAGUACAGAGUUUAAAUAAAUACACAGAUGUUAGAGUAAAAUAUGUAUGUAUAUAUUAAAAAAAAGAAAAAAAAAAGAAAAAAAAAGCAUUGUGUAUGCAGCAGAAGAUGGAUGCUUAUUUAAGAGAGCCUUUAAUUUAAGAUUUGUGUUGUCCCUGUUUUCAUGCUCGGUGAUAUACAGACUCGGAGGCCUGGCCUAAAGCCUUUCACAGGACAGAUAAUCCUUUUGCAUAUCAUUCGCUGCACUGCCGGGAGAAGCCCCUGCAGUACUUUCCCAACGUUCCUUUAUUUCUGGCAGUAGCACCUGAGGCGAUAAUUCCUAAGUUCACAUUAAUCCCCAUCCUUUGCAAAUAUGACAGUGGUUGGAAAGCGACCCCCCGCCCCAACACCUGAGGGUGCCCAUCAGCCAGCUGGCUGUGCUGGGUGCUGGUGUGUGGCUGUGCAGCUGAGAAACCUGCAGUAGAGGUCCUUACAGCAGCAAGGGAGCUCAGUGCCACAGGAUUCAGCAGGAAAACUGCUUCCCUGGGUCAGACUUUGACCGGGCUUCACUAGGAAGGGAGCAGUCUUCCACACCUCUUUCAUCAUCCCUUAACAGAAACCCGUUACUGUUGUUACCAAAUACUAGUUUAUAAUACACAUCAGCCAAAUGAGUGCUCUUACUCUGAAGCUGGCUACUGCUGGCUGUGCUGUCACUGUAGCAACAACGAACCUUGAAGACUGACCUCACACUGUUCACACUGUGGCCGUCACAGAUGCCUGGUCACCCACAACAGCCGUGCGGGUAAGGUUGGUUUUCCUCUCCCUCCCCACCCGUGCUGUGGGUCUGCGCAAUUUGCAGUCGUUUCUAUGUGCUCACCUGCUGUUUGGUUCCAGUCGCAGGCCAGAAAGGCAGAAAGUAUUGCAGUGGAUGACAGAGCUCACUGAGGUUGCAAAAAUAAGUAAAAAGCUGAAGCUGGUCGUGCUGUCACCGGAAUAAAGUGAGAGACUGACGUACAAAGGGAUGGUAAGAGGAAGAUCUCUUUCUCUUCAGAUAGCAAGGCAGUUGCAUUUUUCAUUUAGGAGUGUUCAGAUGAGCCUCUUUUCUCAGUAGUAUUGUUGCUGGCAUUAUACUAUGACCAUACUCAAACAUGUAAGGGCUUUUUGUAUUUAGAAUACUGUUUUUUUGUGGGUUUCAGAAACUUGCUAUGGCUCUUAAACCAUUCCAUAUUCUUGCAGUUAGCAGUAAUAUUGUGUUUCACCCGCAUAGAAAUGUUUGGAGUUUUCCAGUUUCUGUCUUCUGUAAUGGAAGUUAUAGGUAAGUUCAGACAGUGUACAGUAAUCUCCAGGUAUGAGCUAAGUAUGGAACAGGGGGUGAGAUGCAGAGAUCAUCACCUGUACCAUUUUAUCAUGCUGGGUCUCCUCACUAAGAUUUCUCUUUGACCCCAAAUCACAGCUUGUCCAAGUUUAAGCUCAUUCAGUGUUACAUUGGGACAGGAAUUCAACAUUUUGUUUUAAUAACCAUCAUUUCAACACCUGUCUCUCUCCAGUUUGGGUAGCAAAAUGGUAACGGUGGUUUGUUUUCACUUCAAAGCUACUACUGUUGCAAGCCCAGCAUUUAAUACUAAAGACCUUAGCCAGCAGCUUAGCACUUGCAAUCAAUUCCUCCUGGAACAGGUUUAUAUCUGUGUGAGGGACAGAGAGGCAGGGCGUUAUUGGCAUCACUACAACUCCACAUCAGCUUCUUGUUACAGGCUGCCUAUUGCUUCCAGUAUAGCCACUGCUUUUCCCCACAAUUCCCUCCUUUUGGUGAAGUAUGUCCACACACUUCUCAAAGACUUUGCAGACUAGUUUUGUAUUUACUGUAUGUUGUAUUUAAUCUUAUUUUGAUAUCGAGAGAAGGCAUUUAAACAAUAGUCACAUAAGGUAGAGCUGCCUGUGCGACACGUCCCCCGAGAGAGCGUCGUCUGGGUGGAGGUUUCUGUAGCUGAGUUGAUGCUCUGUCUGAAAAUGGAGCCCACAGAGCCAUGACACAGCAAACACAGUGACCGAAUGUGCCCGUUUACUGUGUCCUGGUGCCUGCAAUCCAUUGCUACCCCAACCAACUACACAUGGAUGUUUUCAGGCAGAGCAGAGGGCAGAUGUGUGACAUGAUGCUCCGCAGGGGAAGAGCUCCACAGGACUACACGGUUUGUGCACCACAGUUUCUAAGCCUGGGCAUUUUCCUUUAGGAUUACUAUAUUUAAUCAGUAGGUUGGUACUGUGCAUUUUGUUCCGCGUCUGUUAAAAAGAGAAACAGCAACUGUUCUCUCAGUUGAAAAGCAAAUGACCACAGCACUUAUUGGUAAAGAGAAAUGUCGUCCUGGGACUUGAAUCGUUUUUAUGUAUUUGGGGACCAUUUGAUUAUACAUUCGAUUCCAAACCACGCUCAUCUUUUUCGUUGGCAUUGAACACUGAAAACGAAAGCAUUCUGUAGCUGAGCUUUACGCGUUGGGCUGGGGGCAAGCAGCUCGGUCAUUUGAACUGUAGGACUUUUGCCUGGUAUCUCAAUGACAGUUGUCUCUUAAGGUUUGAUGUCUGCUGCUUUGCACUGUAGCAUUGUUUCACCUCCACAGUUUGAGGGCUGCAACUUGUCUGGGGAGCUUGAAGCCUCCCCUUCAGUCUGUGACUGUAGCAUAUGGUCUGUGUACGCAGUUACGUGUCUAGCUGAUUUUUUCCUUUUGGCUGAGACUGAAGGUAUCUCACAUUUAUGACGUUACUUAAACAUAGGGGCUGUUGGGUUUUUUUUUGCUUUUUAUUGUUAAUUUUGGUGGCAGCAAAGGAUGUGAAGAUUCAGGCAGCUACUAAGGACUCCAGGUUAGAGAAUGCAAAGGUUUGGUCAGUGGGUUUCCCUUGUACAUGCACCCCAAAGCAGGGUUGGAGUUUUAGUUCACUCUGCUCUGCUCUGACCUGUAGAAAACAGCUGGUUGCUCCAGAAACUCACGCCUGUUGCUGUGGAAGUGGCUGCUUUUCCUCUCCGUGAGCUGCUGCAGCUUGGUAGGAAUGCACGUUUUGCUCAUUUCAGUGAGUUUCGUAACUUGAUGUUCCUGAUUUGGUUCUGAUAAACCGAACAGCCAACUGUGUUAGUCUCAGGUAUGCGGCAGAGGGAAGUAAAGGGUCUUAAUGUAACAAAGAAGCCCCCAGAGCAUUGUGUUUAUAUGGAAAUAGGCAUCACAGAGCCUUGCAAAAAUAAAACACUUGGGCAGUUUGCAGAGAAACAGGCAGCAAGCAGCAGGAUGCUGAAUGACAGAACAAACAGGCUCUUGGGUGCAAUAAGCUUCUCAUUCCGUUUUGUGCACAUCACUUAGUUUUACACAAAUACAUAAAAGGUCAAAUGUAUCACAGUGCAGCUGCCCCUACCUCAUUAGCCUGGGAAUCAAAGUGGCACACGUAGCUUCUGCCGCGGGUUUGGGGGUUUGUUUUCACACAGGAGUCGGUUGCUCAAAGGAAACGGGACAGGUUUCUGCACUAGCACCAAAGCACGCAGAAGGGCACAGGUGUGUUCAGGCCUCUGGACUGUCCCUGCUAAAUCCCAACUCCACUUUGUCUUUCUUUCCAGCCGCAGCUUUGUGUAACCUAUUCUCACUUUGCGUUUAAGAUAAAGUCUCAUCCACAGGGAAGAAAUCCACAAACAAACCAGUGUUGGUAAUUUCAGAGCAAUUAUACCUGCCUUUUUAUGUAUGACAGUUUCAUAUCAUUUAUUUUUAAAAUAUGGGAUUUUUUUAGGUUUUUUUUUUUUCAUUGUAAUAUUAUUGUACAGUUUUGCAUGGCGUAGAUGUAAUCACUUUUUUGUUUUAGAUGAUAAAAGCUGACAAGUGUGCGUGUGGGGGAAAGAUUCUGCUUUUUGCCUCUUCUCACUAUUUUGUUUAAUGCCCUCAAUGUUGUAGGGGACAUUGUAAGAGAUUCUCUGCUACAGAACAAUGAUGUAGAUUCUUUUGCACAGAAAUAUUUAAGGUGGAAAAGUCAACAAUGUAAAAAUGACUCGCCACCAAUAUUUUAUGUCGGUAACACUUAAUAUUAACCUACUUUGAUGUACUGCAAUAAAACAGGGAACUGUUAGAAAUGCA